GACAAAGGGGAAAUGGAAUAGUAUAUAAACGCUACUGGAAGUAGUAGCGCGUUUAUUUCUGUGAUUUUGUUGUUAAAGUGAUUGUUUAACAUUAACAUGGUUUGGAAAAUGACGGUGAUGGCAGUACUCGCCUUUGCAACGAUAUCAAGCGCUAUACCAUUAACAACAUUCGGAAAAUCUUCAUCAAGAGACGACUACGAACCUGUCCAAAAACCAGCUCAACAGCAAGAGGAAACAGAUUCUUACCAAUUAUAUCAAACACAAUUACCAACUGCACUUGAAUUACCGAAACAAGACGCGAAACAAACACAAUUCUACGUUCCGGAACCAGUGAAUGUACUUAAGGCACCUCAAGAAUCCCAAGAACCAAACUAUUACCAGGUUCCUAUUCCCAGUGAAGAAUUAGUUGCACCAAUAGAUACGGAAUGGAAUCCUAAUGGCGAUCCGAUGUACUAUUAUCAAGUACCAGCUGUCAUUUCUAGACAAGAAUUGCCUACAAAAGAAUUUCCCAAGAAAUAUAACGAAGAUAUUCAUGACAAGAAAAAGCCCUAUUCAUCGAAACCUAAGCUAGAAGUUAUUUUUGAACCAAUUAGUGCGAAAGAAUACGAAGAUAAACAGAUACAGUUAACCAAAAAUUUUGAUCAAUUAGCUAAAAAGGAAAAUCAAAAGUUAAUAAAGGUAGUGCCUUAUCCUAAAAUAAUUGCGCCUAGAACAAAAAUGCAAACUACAGACAGUACACCAAAAUAUACUGACAGCAUAAUCAAACCUGCUUUAAUCGUACCUCACCACACAUACCAAAGUACACCCACAACUACAACAACGAGCAGUGUUAAUGAACCUUCAGAUAGUAUCACAGUACCCAGUGAUCAUGUUGAAAGAUCUACUGCAGAAUUUAAUACUGGGCUUAGCGGACAACUCAUAAAUUCCUUGGGUAUUCCUUCAUCAGCCUCUACGCAUGAAGGGGCUUCUCCUGGUGAAAGGCUUGAAUUUCAUAUAUCAGGUCAUGAUGGCCCUCUUUCUUACAAAUGGGGAUAUGAUACUGGAAAAGGACACAACAGGCUAUUUAGAUACGAAGAAAAAGACAAAGAAGGCAUUGUGAGAGGACAUUACGGCUUUUAUGAUGAAGAAGGGAAGCUUCAAGUUGUCCAUUACGAUGCCCAUCCACAUACAGGUUUUCAUGUUGCCGACAAAAUAUAAGAUGGAUAUAUUAUAAUUAAAAUGAAAAUUGUGAAAUAUAUUCGAGGCGUUAUAGUUAGUUGACUGAAAACUACAAAUUCACCAAACGAAAACCAUCAAUUGAGGAAUUGCUUGGUACUUUUGCAAACAUAAAUUGAUUACCAAAUCAUCAAUUUUUAAAAACCUAAAUUGUAUAUAUUCUUCUUAGAUUAUGUAGGCAGCUUCAAUAUAUAUUAUCAUCUAGCAUAGGUACUAGUUACAAAAUGUUGUUAAUAAUGUUUUAAUACUUAACCUUAUAUUGGUUAUACUAAUUAAUGUUUUUCUUCGCAAGUAUUUGUUCAUAUAGUGGACAAAAAAGUCUCGUAAGCUAUUGAAAUUUAUAAUUGUAUUUGAAUAUACUUCAUGUAUAUUGGACUGGUAAAGGCGCGCCGAGCAGUCAACUAGAACAGCGGUCAUCAUCCCACAGAUACCCCACAGCUUCCUCAAGGAACUUGCAGCUAAAUCUAAAUAAAAUCCAGAUAGGAUUUCACUUAGACCGAAAGCUGACUUGGCAGAAACACAUAUUGAAUAAGCGAGUGUUACUCUAUAAAAGCAUCCCAGUAAUUCCAACAUAGAGAUCCUGCAGAGAUUUCAGAACAAGGUGUUGCGCAUCAUUGUCAACGCUCCCAGAUAUGUGCUCAAUAGUGUUAUAGUGCGAAAUAUCCAAAUUAAAUCAGCUAAAGAAGUGAUCAAUGUGUACAAUUUAGUGACACAUACAGCUACAGAGUGUCAACGCAAUAUAUUGUAAAAGUAUGUAGGAUAGUACAUUGGUAGUAUCUCUACCCAUGCCAUUGUAAAUCAUAACAACAGCUCAUUGCCUCAGAGAAGAUUGCUGAAUAAAUGGAGUGCAAUGCAAUGCAAUGCAAGACGCAAUAUUCCUUCACCAAAAACAUACGCAGAUGAAGUUCAACUGAUUAUUUCAUGCAAGAUCUCGCAUUUACAACAUUAUCGUUUUGAUGCCAUUUAUUGCGUGCAAGUUCUAGAGAGAAAUAACUUUCUGAUCUGCUGAUAUUAUGUCUCUCAGUUAUCCUUAUGUUUUAUUUUCCUUGGAAGUUUAUCAAAUGUUUCUUCAUUCACUCUCAAAUAAUUUGUGUAAGCCUUUUCGUCUGAUCCAUCUAGCAAUGUCCUGGCCCACUAACACCUUGGUGCUCUUGACCACUUUUUUCGUGUUUUGUUAUUUUCAUUUUAAACCACCUACAAAAAAAUAUAUAAAAUUUGAGGUUAGGAAUUUGUUUACAUAUCUCCACUCUGUAUCGAGAGGCGUAAGGUAGGAAUUUGUAUUCGAUUACAUGAAAACUUAUUUACUUACUUAUUAUAUUUUAUUGUGAUUUAUUAUUAUUUUGUUAAGUAGUAUGUCAAUAAAAUUAAAAUGUAUGUCAGUAAUAAA